AGAUCAGAGCAGUGGAAGAUGUCUGUGGAGGGACGGGAUGCGUCACUGGAUUAGUGCCUGAGAAUCCGUCCCAGCCUCUUCCUCCUGAGCCUGCUGAGACGCCUCCAGAAGGGCACGACACUCCCGGCUCCGCUCUCCCUCCACCAAGCCUUCCACAUGAGCCAGCCAAGCCUUACCUCCCCACCAGGAUGAAGAAAGAAAAGAAAACGCACGCUUUGCUGUUUCUCCUGCUGCUUCACUUCACCUUGGCAAGACAAACAGAUUAUGCUCCGUAUUUUCAUGACAAUGGCCCCAGCAGUACAAAUGGAAAUAUGGCCUUGUUCAGCAUCUCUGAGGACACGCCCGUCGGAACACAGAUAUACGUCCUGAACGGGACGGAUCCAGAGGGAGAUCCAGUGCGAUACGGUCUGACGUACGAAAAGGGCACAAAAGAAUAUUUUAAUGUAGAUCCUAAAACAGGAAAUGUUACUUUGAUUCAGGAGCUCGAUCGAGAGAAAGAAGCUGAAAUCUCAUUGCUUGUGAGCAUAACAGACGGUCGAAACAAAGUUGUUCAGACUGUCAGGGUGUUUGUCACAGACACCAACGACGAACCACCGGAAUUUCAAAACCUGCCUUUCAUCAUUGACAUUCCUGAGGACACUGCUCCAGGAAGUAGCAUCUACAAAGUUCAAGCAGUGGAUAAAGAUAUGGGCUCCGGAGGCAGCGUCUCAUAUUAUCUACAGACGUCCCCCUUCGCCAAGUUCACCAUUGAUGGGCACAGCGGGAUCCUCCGGGUCAAACCUGGAGAGACUUUGGACUACGAGACCACGCCUACACACUUUGUGACAGUGGUUGCAAAGGACGGAGGUGGGAAGUACAAAGGGAAGCACCAGGUGUUGACCUCCACAGCGACCAUAACAAUCAAUGUUCUUGACGCCCAGGACAUGCCUCCAUCCUUUGUGGGAACUCCAUACUUUGGUUACAUUUACGAAGUCUCCGUUCCUGGCUCAGAAAUAUUCACAGUAUAUGCCAAAGAUGGAGACCAAGGCAAUCCCAACCCCAUCCAUUAUUCCAUUGUAGAUGGAAGUGAUGGCGUGUUUGACAUAAAUAGCACCAGUGGGUGCAUCACUCUGACAACCUAUCCCUCCCAGCUGAAGAAUGAAUUGUAUGAAAUUAAAGUCAAGGCGUCUGAGGUUGGACCGAACGAUACGCUGCUGGAUUACGACAUCACCAUGGUGACGGUGCGGGUGGUGGAUCUCAACAACCAUCCUCCAACCUUCUACGGAGAAAAUGGACCUCAGAGCAAAUUCGAGGUCACCAUGUACGAGCACCCGCCCGCAGGGGAGAUCCUCCGAGGCUUCAAGAUCACAGUCAACGACUCUGACCAGGGAGCAAAUGCGAAGUUCAAACUGAGGCUGGUGGGACCGAACCGGGUGCUGCGAGUGGUUCCUCAGACGGUCCUGAACGAAGCGCAGGUGACCAUCAUUGUGGAGGACGCCUCUGGCAUCGACUAUGAAAAGGGGUCCACCCUUUCUUUCAAGCUGCUGGCGGUGGAGAUCGACACUCCCGAGCGCUUCAGUGCCACGGCCGACAUCCUGAUCAACCUGCUGGACACCAACGACAACGUCCCCAAGUUCACGUCGGAGUAUUACAUCGCCCGGGUGCCCGAGAACUCUCCCGGAGGCUCCAGUGUUGUGACUGUGACGGCAAAUGAUCCAGACACCGGGCCUUGGGGAAAAGUCAAAUACACGAUUUAUGGAUCAGGAUCAGAUUUGUUCGCCAUCAACCUGUGGACGGGCAUGAUCUCCACGCAGCCCUGGACCAGCCUGGACGCAGAGGUCAGGUCCAAAUACAACUUCUACGUCAAGGCCGAGGACUCGGAGGGGAAGUACAGUCUGGCUGAAGUGUUUGUCACCGUCCUGGACAUGAACGACCACUCCCCUGAGUUUCAUGACAAACUCCUGGAGAAGACCAUGGUCAUAGGCUCGCCUGUCAAAGUCGAGGCGGUGGACGACGACGCCGAGUCUCCAAACAACGUCAUCGAGUACUCCAUCACGGCGGCCGACCCUGAGAACGCGUUCGACAUCGACACCGAAACAGGCGAGAUCCAGCUGAAGCCCUACAUCAAGUCCAUGGAGAUCGUGGAGAACAUCACCAGGCAGAAGGACUGCAAGUGGUCUCUGGUGGUCCAGGCCAAGGACCGAGGCUCCCCGUCCUUCAGCACGACGGCGGUGGUCAACAUCGACAUCACGGAGGCGACUCCUCUCAAGGGGCCUAUGGCGGCCUUUUUAAUGAAAAGUAGGGACAAUCCUUUGAAAGCCCUAGGCAUGGUCACUGUUGUUGUUAGUGUGUUGGUAGGAGUGACUGUCUUGAUCUCUACGGCUGUGUACAUGCGCAACUCAAAGUCCAACAGGAUCAUGCCGGUACGCCGCAUCAUCAAGAGGAGACCCAGGGACCACCGGAGCUGGACCUUCAGCUUGCCCGGUGUCAAAUUCACCAACUCUUCGGAGAAGUUCCUCGUCGGCGACCCGGAGGGCGCCCCCCAGCGGGACUCAGGCAGCCCCCGGCCGAAGCCUCCGCCUCCCAUCGCUCCCUCGCUCCCCCCUCCGCCCCCCUCCAGCACACGGUCCUGCGAGAGGCCGCGGGCAGUCCCAACCAUAUCUGGUGCGCUGGCCUCCAAAGGCUCCAAGAAGGCGAAGUCAGGCCGCCGCAAAGAAGGAAACAUGAGCUCCGCUUUAGUGUCGGAGCUCAAAAUGAAGCUGGAGCAGAAAAUCAAUGAGAGCAACCAAGGUUAUUAUUAACUAUGGCGUACCAUGAUCUUUGUCAGCUUUUUGUUUGCUCUGAAUUCACCUGAACUACAUGUGAAGAUCUGGCAGGAUGAGCCCAGAUGUAAGAAAGGUAAUAUAAUCAUGGACUCCUUGACAAACCGGGUUCAGGGGAAGAAGUCUAACAGUCUGGUGCAGUCAGAGAUCACACACCACACUGCCAUCUUGAGGAGGAUUACAUCAGCUUAGCAAAAAGAAGCACCGCUGUAAAUUCCCCCAGAGGAACAUGUAAUAUAUUCAACCAGAGAAAAAAAAGGAUUUUUGCCCUUUAAAUCCUUAAAAAGAAUCCUUGAUGCUUCUUGGAGCAUGCAAAUGAAGGACACUUGGAAGAAAAAAAACACAGAUUUUUAUGAAGUGCUAAAGGACCUGUGUGGUAAUAUUUUUAUUGUGUUACGUCGGCGGCUGAGAAGUUGCUUUUUUUGUAUGAUUACAAUGUGCCACGGUAGAUUCUCCCAGUAACAGAGCUCGGUUUAAUUUAUUUGAGUGAGUAAAUAUAAGAAAUGCAGAAAGAUGCUUUUAUAUAACUGUACAUGGGCCCCUUUUAUUUACGCAGCGUGACAUGAUUUCCUUAUUUUAUAGACUACAUAUAUAACAAGAUUCAAAUUCCAUCUCGCAAUAGUACAUGCCAUCAGAUUGCCAUGUAUACAAUUACUUUGAGGAUUCAGAUAUUUAAAUGUAGAUGCGGUUUCAAACAUUCAGGGUCCACAAUGAUACUUUCCAUGUUAUUCUUCAAUGCCUUCAAAUGUAGGCAAAUAAAAUGUUAUCAGAGUAAUGAAUAUCUAGUAUUUGAUUAUAUCUUAACUUAUUACUGUUUUAAGUAAGUUAGGGUCAACUAUAUAUCUUAAAUGUGGAUUGCAUUUGCCUGGUCCUUCAAAGUAACAUAUUUGUACCGUCUUUGUACUGUCUUGAUUUUGAAUAAAU